GGCCGUUCACAACAAACUCGAGACCAAACCGGCGAACAUUUGAAUCCGUUCGAAGCUGUUUCAGAUCGCAGCUUCGGACAAAGACAGAUCGCUCAGCCAAAGGUGCUGAGGCACGCCGAGGCCGAUGAACAUGGCAGCAACGACACCUUCGAAAUCGAUGGAGUCAAAUUGGACGUCUUGCGAAACGAGCUGGGGUUCGAACCCUCCCUGGUCUCGGCUCUUGCUCUCUCAAAUGUGGGUGCUAUGGAAAUGUGCAUCCUGCAGUAUGUCUUUUUGGAGACCUUGGGAGAACGCUGGCAGCUUGUGGCCAUCAGUGCUGCGAUGAUCCUCGCGUUCCGAGCAGGCAUCGCUCCUGCGUUCUUCUCGCGGGUGGACCAUCCGCUCCACUGGCUCGAUCGCGUGCGGUGGAUCCUGAGUUGUGCCAGCCUUGCCGCCCUGACUGCGAGUUGCUCCCACGGACCGGUCUAUGGCUACAACUGCUUUAGGCCCCAGGCCACCAUGAGCCUCAGUGACUACUCAGAGCUGCACGGCGGGCGUCUUGGUUUAGUGACCAUCGAAGAUGCCGCCAUGGACGCAGCGCAAGUAGGUGCUGCUCCUCAUUGCAGCGAUUGCACCGCUCAGCAGUGCGUGGUGAAGGAUUGUCGCAGCGCUGCCAAACUGCCGAAGCUUCCGCAUUUCCAGUCCUGGGAGGAGGUUUCGGGAGGCGGCUCGUGUUCCAUCACCUGCCUCUACGUAGCUCCAUUGUAUCUCUCCCAGAACGGCAGCACCAGCGGUGCCCCCGUCGCCUGGGCGGUGCAGAACGGCCGUGCGCCUCCAAGACCCGAGGGGACGGCCAUCACCGGCACCGGGCACGUCGGGUGGUGGAUCGGCACACGGAAGGACUACCAGGGCGCCAUUGAUGAAGUGAUUCUUCAGCGCUUCAAGGGUUUGACGCAUUGCGAUGGUCAGCAGCCCUUGCCGGUCGGACUGUCGGACUGUCGCGCUCGCGGCUAUGACGUUUGCCGUACACGGCAAGGUCUACUUGGCAAGUGCUGCUGUCCAAUCGGAUACAAGGUGGUGGGCCGCAAGUGUUUGCCCUGCACUGGAACCGUGGAGCGGGUGAAUGCCUGGCAUAAGCUUCCCUUGGUCUAUGUUCUGCACCCGGAAACGGGACGCUUUGCCUUCAGUUUGAUGUGCCUAUGGAGCCUGGUGCUGUUGCCUCUGCCCUGGGCCAUUUUGGCGCAAAAGAUGUGGCGCCACUUGCUGCUGCGUGAGGCUCAACAGGACCAUGUGCGGCACUACCUGGUGCACCACCAACGUCCCCGGAUGGCUGAAACCUGGUGGACGCGACAUCGACAGCACCGCCAGGGACCCAUGGCGGUUUGGGUGAGCUCCAUGUCUGGGCAAACCAAGGAACUCAGCGGUUUUUUCCCCACCUCGCUCCUGGCGCACCUGCGGCACGCCGCGGCGGACGCCUUCGCAGUGCCCUUCGGCGGCUGCUGUCUGGUGAUGCACCACGCAGCGCUGCAGCCGGAGAUGGAUUUCAAGAACCUCAGCGAUCUUGGCAUCGAACAUGGAAGCCAGCUAUGCCUCGUUCACUCCAAGGAUGAACGCCGGCGCCAGCGCAAUUCCUCGGAGUCGGACGCCUUGUCCUUCUUUGGACGCACGGAGAAGGUGGAUUGUGAGCACGAGGCGGCCUUGUUGCACAUGCAAGAGGCUCAAGAAGGGUGGCAGUGCAAUGCUUGCGAACGACACUUUGAAGUUCCUACAAUGCUGUGGCGCUGCGAGAUUUGCAAUGUCGAUUUCUGUGGCGAGUGCUCAGCAGCAGCGGAAUUCUUUAACGAAUGA